AUCAUUUACAUACUGAAGGAUUAGUAGAACGAAUUCAUGGUAAUACUGAACGUGCAGCUAUAAGAGAAAGUAAAGUCUUUCUUGAUUCAAGUGAAAAAACCUAUACUUCUGUUUACAAUGAAUUUAAAGAACAUUUUUAUAUUGAACAUAGUAAUACUGAAAAUAUUAUAUCUUAUUUUACAUUUAGAAGACUUUGGCAUGAAAUAAUACUGCAUCUUAAAUUUCAACCACCUGCAAGCGAUUUAUGUGAAGUUUGUGAAAUGUUAAAAGCCAAAUUAAUCAUAGCAAAAUCUAAUAUAGAUGAAUAUGAACAAGUUAAAAGUGAAAAUGAACUUCCUGAAGGUGUUUCAAAAG